CACAUCUCUUCCUCGACAACAAAUAUCUUUUACCAUGCCGCAAGAUCCACCCCCUCCUGCAUCAAACGACGAUGUGGGCUGGCGUCGAGUGGUCCGCCAUUUCACUCCCUCAUGGUUCUCCGUCAUCAUGGGCACCGGGAUGGUGUCCAUAUUAUUAAACAGCCUACCUUACAACGGCAUCUGGCUGUACUGGGUCUCGAUCGUGGUGUUUGCACUCAACACCCUUCUCUUUCUCCUAGGGCUGAUCAUCACCCUCCUCCGGUACAUCCUGUAUCCGCAGAUCUUCCUCGCCAUGAUCAGACACCCAGUGCAGUCCUGCUUCCUGGGGACGUUUCCGAUGGGCUUCGCGACCAUCAUCAACAUGUUCUGCGCUGUGUGCGUACCGGCCUGGGGGGAGUGGGCGCGAUAUUUCGCCUGGGGGAUGUGGAUAUUUGAUGCUGUGAUUUCUGUUCUGAUUGCUUUGUCGCUUCCUUUCUUGAUGAUGUACCACGGAAACGAAACCCAACUAUCGUCCAUGACCGCCGUCUGGCUCCUCCCGAUCGUCUCCUGCGUGGUGGCCUCCACCUCCGGCGCCAUCGUCGCCGACAUCCUCCCGGACCCACAGCUCGCCCUCUGGACAAUCAUCACCAGCUACGUCCUCUGGGGCAUCGGAAUGCCUCUCGCUUUCAUGGUCAUGUCGAUCUACUUCCAACGGCUCACCCUGCACAAGCUCCCGCCUCGCGCUGUGAUUGUCAGUGUCUUUUUGCCGUUAGGUCCGCUGGGUCAAGGCGGAUAUGCGAUCAUGAAACUCGGCCUCGCCGCACAAACCAUCUUCCCCCAAACCAACACGCUCGAAGGCUCCUCCGGCCCCACCUUCUACACCGUGGGCUUCCUGAUCGCGCUCAUCCUGUGGGCCUUUGCCCUCGUGUGGCUCUUCUUCGCCUCCGCGUCCAUCGCCCACUGCAAGACCUUCCCGUUCAAUAUCGGCUGGUGGGGCUUCACGUUCCCGCUGGGCACCUUUGCGCUGAGUAGUUGUCAGCUGGGGAGGGAGCUGCCGUCGAGGUUUUUUGCUGUUUUUGGGACGAUCAUCUCCCUGUGCGUGGUUCUUCUAUGGAUCGUCGUGAGUAUCGGCACUUUGAGGGGCGUGGUAUCGGGGAAGAUCUUCUUUGCGCCGUGCUUGGGGGAUUUGGCGGUUGGGGUUAGGAAGGCUGAGAGGGGUUGUGGGGGGAAGGUUUGA